CCUCUGAAUUUGGAGCACGACACCUUUGUCCGAGGCACCCUGAAUGUAACAGUGUAACAGGAACCCUGAAUGUCCGAGGCACCCUGAAUCUAUCACCACCAUCACAGCCAGUUUCUCCCUUGCAAGGUCUCCACUUUCGGCAGCUAGCUGUUGUUUUUACCUCGGGUUUUAAUUUAAACAUUUUGAUACUAACUUGUACUUGACACCGCUGAGCGCUUGCUGCCAUGAAGGAGAGCAGGAUUUUUGUGAUUUUCUUGGUGCUUUCCGCCUCUCUUCUGUGCACAGCCGAAGCGGGCAGGGGAAGGAGCGGCAGUAGCAGCCAGAACAGCUUCAGACGGGCAGCUAACGGGAUCUACCAGACUCUGAGCAGUGUGUUCGGAGAGGAUAACAUCAGAGCCCUGUACAAGUUUUUCUCCAAAGCAACAGAGCGAUUCGUCCAUGGAGUGGACUCUUUUAUGGAUACCAUCUGGAAGAUCUGGUCGGAUCUGCUUGAUGUGAUGGGAAUUGAUUCGUCAAACCUCAGCCACUACUUCAGCCUCACGUCUCUAAGCAACUCCCCAGCACGCGCCUUGCUCCUGAUCGCUGCCAUACUGUUGGCCUACUGGUUCCUAUCCAUGUUCCUGGGAGGAGUGUUUUAUCUGCUCCAUGCAGUUUUUGGACGCUUCUUCUGGCUGGCGAGGGUCAUACUUUUCGCCCUGUCCUGCCUCUACAUCCUGCAGAAGUUCGAGGGCGACCCAGAGCGAGCCGUGCUGCCUCUGUGCUUCAUCAUGGCUGUCUACUUCAUGACAGGACCCGUUGGAGCGUACUGGCGUCGAGGAGGCGGGACGGGCACACUGGAGGAGAAAAUUGACCACCUGGACACUCAGAUCAGGCUGCUCAACAUCAGGCUGAGCCGCGUCAUAGACAGCCUCGAGCACAGCGGGGAGCAGUAGACCCGCAGCAAGGAGAAGGGUCAGGGUUGACCACAAGUAUUUAACUCACUUUCCUGAUAACAUCUGCAGGAAAACAACUACCAGGUAUUUACAACUCAACUGUCAGGAGGGAUAAACUAAGAUCUGAAGACAGGGUUUUAAAAGCUUGAUUAUUGGAACAUAAAUGUAAAAUUUCUCUAAGAUUUAGACACGUCAACCAAACCAAACAUUUUUGCUUGAUUAUGAUAAACAAAAAAAUUGGGAACUUUUUUGUACAUCUGUAAAGAAGUUUAGCUGUGAGCUCUCUUUCUGUUUUACACAUCUUAGCAACUUAUAGCAAGCUGGCAAAUGAUAGAUUUAUUUUUCUUUUGUUGAAGUACAUAGAGUGCUCAUGCUAAGAAAAUAAACAUUUUAUAUUUAGAUUUUUGCCCUUUUGAAACCCCUUGACAUCUCUGUUUGAAACUACUGUAAAAAAAAUAAUAAUGUGAGCACGAAUGCCUGACUCGAAUUGAGACAUUAUGUCCGAUUUGUAAAGAUGUUGUAUAGUUGUCCACAGUGAGAUUUAUUUAUUUCAUCCAAACAUAUUGAAAUUUCUUCUGAUUAAUGACCAUCGUGUGGUGAAUGUGAUGUCCAGACCUUUUUUUGUGUGUUUGGGUACAAGAGUCGAUGCUGCAGUGACCUGCUCCGGUGUGUGUUUGUGGUCAGGCAUGGGAAUUGGAAAAACACUGCAUCUAAAGUCAUAUUCUGAUGUGGAAACCAUACAGAGAGCCAGCAAUAUCUCAGGCUCAAUACUCACUCAACACAUAAUGAAAUAUGAGUUCUAUUAUAAGUCGGGUUUUUGUCGCUUGAAAUCUGUGUGUUGUUUAAUUUAUGCAUACCGUCCACAGAAAUCCUACUUUUUGUGUUGUAAUUGUUGUGGUGACUCAAAUCGGGUCACGUUUUUAUCAUAUCCAUGCUCUAAUACUUUGAGUCAGGACACUGGCUAAUUAGUCUUAGAAAAAUCAUCUUUUUCAGAACACAAUUUAUAUUGUAUAUCAUAAAGAAACUGAAGGAUAAAUGGCAUUGCACAAUUCUGGAUAGUUGGAAACUUUCAAUGGGAAUCAUUAGGAAAUUUUGGGAAAUGUCUAUAAAAAUGUUCAACAUUGGCACUUACCAGGGAUUUCAAACAGGGGAUUAGUUUAGCAUCAUUUUGAAUACAUUUAAGUGUAUCUAUCACAUGUACAGGGUGGGGGGGAUCCAGUCAUUUCCCAUUCAUUCCCCAAAUUCCCAAUUAAAGUUUUGAAAUUAUUCAAAAGUGGAAAUUGCUGAAAUAUUUCUGUAAAUCUUGUUUUCAACUUGGUUGAGAAGAAGUUUCAACCAAGUUGAAACUCAAGCAUCUAUUACUCAACAGAUAUUUGUAUCACUUCAAUCAUCUUAAAAAGAAAGUACAUUUGAUCUUAUUAUGUGGCUUUUAAAAGUGGCAGGUACAUCCAUAUUUUCUGUACAAUGGCUUAAAGUUUAGUGAGUUUUGUCUUAUUGGCCAUUUCACUGGAGAAAAACCCUGGUGAGAUUUCUUUCCAUCCAUGUUUUAUAGCUCUGGAGGAGUCAUUCAAACAUUGUGAUGGCAUAAGACCCAUAAUGCAAAGCAGCAAAGAUCCCUGGCUGAAAGAAAAUAAAUUAAGUUUUAUUAAGGAAAUUAAAAUCAAAAUGUUCUUGUUGCUUUAAUCACUAGCAACUUCUUCCUUGACAUGGGAGCAUGUUAUUUUAACGAAGCUCUGUUUGAAAGCAGGGAUUUUGUUAGUUUGCUUAAAUCAGUGAGUAGUUACAGUAAUGAAGGUGAUGAAGCUGAGCUGGAUGCUCAAGCAAUGAACUUGCAAAACACAAACUGUUCUAUUCAACCUUGUUAUGUUUUUAAUGUUUUUUCUACAUUUAGUUUUAGUUCUAAAUCAUCAUGAACUUUAAAGUCUUAAGUUUGAAGUGCCUUACAAAAGUAAUGAUACCCCUUGAACUUCUCUACAUAUAGUUAUCACAACCACAAAAUUCAAUGUUGUUUUGCAAUUUUGUGAAACAAAGUUGUGUGGAAUUGGAGAGAAUAAAAUUAAACGGUUUUUUUUUUUUUUUGUUUGGUUUUUUUUUACAAAUAAAAAUUAAUUUAAAUCGAACCUCCGAGCUUCAUACACAGCCUGUAGAAGCUUCUUUAACUGAAGGUAUGAUAAAUCUCUAACAGAUCUGAAAUUUGUUGUCAUUAUUUGCAAAACUAGCUUAAGUUCAGCCAGAUUGGAUAGGAGAACUUUCAAGUUUUGCCUCAGAUUUUUAGAUUUGGUCUGGGCUCUGAUUGGGUUAUUCUCGGACAUAAAUCUGCUUUGAUAUGAACUAUUUUGUUGCAGCUUCACCUGUAUGUUUAAUGUCAUCAUCGUGCUGAAAGGUAAAGAUUUUCCUCCAGCUCCUCUAUCCAUUAUGAAGAAACGUAUCCCUACAGCUUUGUUAAAAUGGGACAAAGUGUGAAUAAGUUCAACAGGGGUGAAUAUUUUUGUAGGCAUCAUACCUUACAGAAACCUGCAGAAGAAACCAUAUAAGUGACCAUUCCUGCUGCCAGUCCGUCAGUUGCAAUUUAGUGCAAGUCUGGAUCCGUAGAUAAUAUUAAAAAUAUCACUUUGCUCUGUAUCCUUGAUUUUGAAAGUCCAAGGUUGAUCUUCUUCUUAGCAGGUUUGGUAAUGCUGCACAAUUUUUUAAAAACCAUAAGAUAACAACAUAAUGUGGUUAAAUAGAGACACAUUUUUCUCACUGCAUUUUCUCUGUCAUUAAGAUGAUUCCAGGUCCCUCUGUUAACUUUAGCAUCUCAGGCAGAGAGACUCCAUCCGACAGGCUGGAUUUAUUAUUGCCAUGCAUGAAGUCAGGAAACUCGUAAUAUAGCAACUUUGAAAUAUUGCAACCCAAAGAGUCCUUUGUAUUCCCUAAUUAAAAGUUUUCACAUUUUGUGGCACCACUGGCAUUUAUUCAGUAGUAGUUUAAAAGCAAGACAUGCAGUGUUUUGCCUCCAUACCUACACCCCUAACAUAUUCUAAUAGUUUUGCAAUUUUUUAUUAAUAUUUCUUUGGUUGGUUGGUUUUUUGGCUUAAAAGUGGUGUCCACUGCUGGCAAGCAAUACUUUACAUCCAAAUUUUAGAUUUUUCCUGUUUUGCCAAAACAUUUCCAGCCUGUUUGCUACAUAAAAAAAAAAAAAAACACUCAGGUAAUUGAACUGUUCAUUGUCAUGUGAGAUUUUAUUGCAUGUUGCCUUUAUUUCUGCAGAUUUCAGUUUUGCUUCCUGCAUCAAGCUUUUAACGAAUGUCAUGAGACCAGCUAGAAAUCGAAUAUGUAUUUGGGUUGUGUUACUGUAUAAUACGGCUUGUGUUUCUGCAAUAUUUAUUUACAGUGGAGACUGGGAUUUAUUGACCAAAUGAUCAUUCUUGUUAAAAAAAAAAAAAAAAAAAGACUGGAUA